AGCGCGCGACAGCUCUCGUCUCGGCCCUUUUCUUGUCAGCAGUUCGGCGAAUUUAGUUUUCGAUUUGUUAAGUUAAAUUCACCGAGAAAAGUUGAGAAAACUAAAAGGCAACCAUGGCCAAGAAGUGUAUGCUGUGUUGCAGCAGCGAAACGGAGGACCCAUUGUCCUUCGGCCGCACCAUCGAGGAAGGAAAUAUUAUGGUGCACCACAACUGUCUGUACCUGAGCUCCAAUCUCGUCCAGCGCGGCAACAACCGUGUCGGCAUUUUGCGCUUCCUGGUGGAAGACAUCUUCGCUGAGGCCAGGCGUUGCAGCCAUCUCAUAUGCGUUUAUUGUCAACGCCCGGGCGCCAACAUCGGCUGCUGCAAGUCCGGAUGCCGUCGCACAUUUCACACAAAGUGCGGCAUUGACCAUCUUGCCCAGAAUCAGUUCCGUGGGACAUACAAGUCGUAUUGCCACCGCCAUGUGAAAACCCAUCGCCGUCGUCCGACCAGCGCGGACACCAUCUGCACCAUCUGCACAGAGCUGCUGGUCGAGGAGGGUGAGCGUUUCAAUGUGGUGAACAUGCUUUAUUCGCCAUGCUGCCGGAACGGCUGGUACCACCGCAGAUGCCUGCAAAUGUAUGCGAACACUUCCGGGUACUUCUUCAAGUGCCCACUAUGCAACAACAACGAGGAGUUCCACGACGUGAGCCUCUGGGGCGUCGCAUUGUCCAGCCAGGACGCCAGUUGGGAGACCGAGCCCAAUGCAUUCGCCGAACAUUUCCGUCGCGACAUGGUGUGCGUUGCCGAAGAAUGCAUGGCGCUGGCCGGCCGCGCAGACAAUUCAAUACUUCUGCUGUACUGCAACACUUGCGGCUCAAAUCCGGCACACGCUUUGUGCAUCGGCCAAGCAUUUGAUAGUUACGUCUGCCAUGUUUGCGCGGUUGUCUCGCCCGUUGCGCCGUCCCUGGUUGAAUCUGAGAACGAGUCGAUGAACUCCGAUGACAGCGACACUUUCGAGUCGUUCGCUCAGGCGGCUUCCAACCAUACACCGCCGAGAAAUCAUAACGCAACCACCUUGACCACUGAACGCGAUAAUGUCCAGCCCAAGCUGCAUUCCUCCGGCUGGGAUCUUAAUGAUGGCGAUGACACCGAGGACGAUGAUGAAGUGUUCCAGCGUGUGGCCGAAAUCCAGGAACGUCACCAGACAAUCGCCGAAUUACCCGAGGAUUCGUCCGAUGAGCAGCCAUCUACCUCUGCGGCGGCUGCGCAGUUAGUUGUCCGCAGGUCCACCCGUUCCACUGCAGCGAGCGGAUCGUCCCGAGCUGCACCACGUCGCAGCAGCCUUAGACUGUUGGCCCAAAACAACCAAGAGAACACCGAGCCAGCCAGCUCCUCAUCUCAGACCAGCAGGCGUUCUAUGCGCUCCCGUCGCACAAUGCCAGCCAGAAUGCUUGAUACAGACGAUGAAUCUGAUACCGAUGUCGAAAAGAAGAACAAGCGCAAACCGAAGAAGCGCGCCGCAUCGCCCUCCCCACCUGCUAUGCGAGCAAACAGGCGCUCCUUGCGCUCCAUCACGCCGAAUGCGUCCAACGUGCGCAACAUCCAAGCCAUCACGCCGGAGCCUAGAAUGAACGACAACUUGUGCCCCACCACUCCGGAGGCCGCACCAAGUCGCUCCAACGCCCAAUCGCCACCAGGGAGAAACAUGCGCCGCAGGACAGUGGCCGACUCGAAUCCGACUCGCAACAUGGAUGUGUCUUGCGUGGCGAACAGAACUCGCAACCGCUUGCCUAGCUACAUGGCCCAUCGCAAGUAGAGAUGGCCAACUUAUACUCUACAUAAAACAUUCCAUGUAUAGAAACAUUGACCAUGCAGCGGAUCCCAAUGCGUGCGUUCCAUCCGCUGCUGCUAUUUUAGUUUGUUAUGUUUUUACAUCGUUUACACUACACGUACCACAAAACGCUAGUGGUAGGUGAACCCUGAUCUCAAAACGAAAAACGAAAUGUAUUACUAAGAGUUAGGGAUACUUUCUUUUAAGUCAUUCAAAAACGUAUUUAUUCGUCAUUCAUUCAUUUUUUUUUUUUUAUAAAUUAUUUGUACUUGUAGCAUUUCAGUUUAAAACUGGUGUUAAACAAUGCAUACAAUAAGAUGUAAUUGCAACUGACAAAAUACCUAUACCAAUGGUUUAUGAAAAACAUUCAACAAAAUUUGUGUUACUUAUUUUUUUUCUUCCAAAUUUCACAUUCCUUUUUUUUUUUGAAAUUUAAUAGAACGAAUCCCCUUGUAUGACCCCGGCCAAAAAUUUUUUUUUUUUAAUGAAUAAAUACGAACAUAAAUACGAGUUUUGAAUGACUGUAACACAUUUUUUUGACACAGUACAAAUUUAUUAUAUUAACAUGUUCACAUACAAAUGUACAAAUGGACGGUACACAAAUAAGAAUAAAACAAGGGUGAUACAUAA